CGCCCCGCGAUUCGACGAACCUGUUUCGUAUUCGUAGCUGUCGUUAGAAUUGGAACAAAAAUUGUUUAUGUGCUUAUAAUAGAAAUACUGCGUUACUUAGUUGAAAAAAAAAACAAUUAGUGCUUUAAUCUUGUGCAUUUUGUUUUAUUAUAUUUUUAUCUGCGAUUUUCUUAUCGUAGUGCAUCAUUUAAAAAAGAAUCGCGUCUUUAUCUUAGUACAGGGUUGAAAUAUGCCGGAGGAACAGAAGUCUGCUGGUGGUCAACCAGAAGUAACAGCAGAAAAUGGAACCGAUACAAACUCGCCAACGAAAAGUCCAGUCAGCAAAGGCAAAACAGCUCUUGCAAGGAUUACAUUGUUGGAUGGAACAGUGAAAGAUUUUCAUAUAGAUAGAAAAGCAAAAGGCCAAGAGUUACUUGAUAUGAUAUGUCAAAGUAUGAAUUUAAUGGAAAAAGAUUAUUUUGGUCUUAUUUAUGAGGACAGGCACGAUUCACGAAAUUGGUUAGAUUUGGAUAAAAGAAUUGCAAAAUUUAUAAAAAACGAACCAUGGAAAUUUAAUUUCGAGGUGAAAUUUUAUCCACCGGAUCCGGCCCAAUUACAAGAAGAUAUAACUCGUUACCAACUAUGUCUUCAAAUAAGAAAUGAUAUUAUCACAGGACGAUUGCCAUGUUCUUUUGUAACUCACGCUCUUCUAGGUUCAUAUUUAGUUCAAUCAGAGGUCGGAGAUUAUGAUCCAGAAGAACAUGGCCGCACAUAUUUAAAGGAUUUCAAAUUUGCUCCUAAUCAAACUCCAGAGUUAGUGGAGAAAGUAAUGGAUCUGCAUAAAACACAUAAAGGUCAAACACCCGCAGAAGCGGAACUUCACUAUCUCGAAAAUGCAAAAAAAUUAGCAAUGUAUGGAGUUGAUCUUCAUCCUGCUAAAGACUCUGAAGGUGUUGAUAUAAUGUUAGGUGUAUGUUCAUCUGGACUUCUCGUCUAUAGGGAUCGAUUGAGAAUCAACAGGUUUGCUUGGCCAAAGAUAUUAAAAAUCUCGUACAAAAGGCAUAACUUUUAUAUAAAGAUCAGACCAGGUGAAUUUGAACAAUUUGAAUCGACAAUUGGUUUUAAAUUAGCAAAUCAUAGAGCUGCAAAAAAAUUAUGGAAAGUAUGUGUAGAACACCAUACUUUCUUCAGGCUCAUGAGUCCUGAGCCUGUAAAAAAAGUAGGUUUAUUACCACAUUUGGGCUCUCGUUUCCGAUAUUCAGGUAGAACUCAUUACGAAACGAAGAAGACUCCCAUUGACAGACAACCUCCACAAUUUGAAAGAUCUUUAAGUGGUCGUCGUCCUACAUCUCGUAGUAUGGAUGCAUUAGGAGGUCCUAAACAAGUUGAAUCUUAUGGUUCAGAACCAAGUAAGAGGCAUACAAUGAGCUAUGAACCUGAAAUGAUUCCUGAUAUGGAGCAUAUAGAUCAACGGCCUAGUCCAAUUAAAAAACAAAAAGAAAAGCUCACACGCAAAACAAGUGCUGGAACAACAUCAGCUAGCAGUACCAGUAGCCUGGAAGGAGAAUAUGAUGCAGAUCGUGGCAAAAAGAAACCGGUCGGAGGAAUUGCGGUCCUACCGCCCGGUGGUCUAUUUAAGAAGAAAAAGGAUAAACAAAAUGAAAACGAAAAAGAAAACCAUAAUGAUCUAAAUAAUUCCGAUUUAAUAAAUGAAAGUGCUAUUCUUGAUAAUAAUGAUAUAAAGUCUAGUAAAAAAGAGCUUAAAAAAAAAGAAAAGGAAAUGACAGAAAAGAAUAUUAUCCUUGAAAACAAUGACAAGAUAAAGUCACCUAGUAAAAAAGAAUUAAAAAAAAAAGAAAAGGAAAUGGCAGAAAAAAUUGCUAUUCUUGAUAAUAAUGAUAUAAAAUCGCCCAGUAAAAAAGAAUUAAAAAAAAAAGAAAAAGAAAUGGCAGAAAAAAUAGCUAUUCUUGACAAUGAAAUAAAGUCAUUUAAUAAAAAGGAAUUGAAAAAGAAAGAUAAAGAAACAUCAGAAAAAAAAGAUAAAGAAGUAUCAGAAAAAAAAGAAAAAGAAGUAUCAGAAAAAAAAGAAAAAGAAGUAUUAGAAAAAAAAGAAAAAGAAAUAUCAGAUAAAAAAGAAAAAGAAAUAUUAGAUAAAAAAGAAAAAGAAAUAUCAGACAAAAAAGAAAAAGAAAAGUUAGAGAAAAAAGAUAAGGAAACAUCAGCCAAAAAAGACAAGGAAAUGUCAGAAAAAAAAGAUAAGGAAACAUCAGAAAAAAAAGAUAAAGAAAAAAAAGACAAAAUAAAGGAUAUACGAGAUGUAUUAAAACCAAUCUCUUCAAAAACGAAGAAAGUUUUAUCUUCAAAUACUACCCCAACAAUAGUAAAAACAACAACCAAACAAUCAGUAGUAAAGGAUCAAGAAGGUGUGAUACAAAAUAUAGAAGAAAAAGUGGAAGAUCUUACUCCUGGAGGAACAGGCCAAGUAACUGUUUCUACACAAAUUAAUAAGGCAGAGACAUCAGAUGAUGGUAGAGCUCCAUACAUGACAGCAACUGCUGUUACUACACGUACUGCUACAAUGCACGAGGAUCUUGAAAAAAAUCAAAAAACCAGUCAGGUAGAGGAAAAAACUGUAGCACAUACAACAGCAACCAGUGCAACAAGACAAGAACAAAGAGUAGUAACUCAAGAAGUUCGAACAACAAGUCAUGUACUUUCUGGUGAACAGCUGUUCUCACGAAGGCUCAGUACAUCCAGUUCAAGCAGUGAUGAUUCAGGUACUCCAAUUGACCUUGAAGAUGAUCAGCAGGCUUUCUACAAUCAAUAUUAUCAGGGUGAUCCAGCUGGUGUUAUUGAAACUGAAACACAUAUUUACAAAGGAGAACCAGAGAGUAAUGUAACAACAACUACUACCGUUCCACUAGUAGCAACUGAAACUAGAAAAGUAGCCGUUGAAAGUGAAGAUGGUAUGUACAGUGCAACUGGAGAAAUAGUUAGUUCUCAGACAAUAUCUAGUAAAACUCGUACUGUUGAAACGAUAACGUAUAAAACUGAAAGAGAUGGAGUUGUAGAAACUCGUGUAGAACAAAAAAUUACAAUACAAUCAGAUGGUGAUCCAAUUGAUCAUGAUAGAGCUUUAGCAGAAGCAAUUCAAGAGGCAACAGCAAUGAAUCCUGAUAUGACAGUAGAAAAAAUAGAAAUUCAACAGCAAACAGCGCAGUAAAGUAACUGAUCAAAAAUUACUUUUGUAAGAAAUAAAGGGCACUCUUUGUCUAAAAGACUUAUAAUUCUAAAAAAGAAUAAAAUAAAAAAUUAAAUUGAUAUGCAUUUAAAUAAUGUAUAAUAAAUGAUUUAACUUAGUUUUACUAUCAUCAAAAUUCACUUAAAUAAUUUGCCAAAAUAAGGCAAUAAAAAAAUAACAUUUGCAUUUAAUAACUAAAAUGUAUUUCUUAUAAUAAAUGUUGCCCAAUAUUAUGAGCUUGAACUUGAUUAAAAAUCAAGUUAUUACAAAAAAGAAUGUCAUGGUACGUAAACUGCAGUGUUCAUAUUCAAAGUAUGUAUUGUCUAUAUACACAGAGGCAUAAAUAUAUAUUAUACAUAUUAUGUAUACAUAGUUAUAUAUGUACCUAAAUGAAAAAUAAUUUGUUUAUAACUAUAAACAUAUGACAGAGUGCCCUAUAAACUUACAUUAUAAUAAAAUCAUGAUAUUCAUGCAAUGUCUUGUCUAUAAUAAGCGUAUUAAUUAAAUUAUUCAUAUAAAGUUUAUUUAAAUAAUCCAAGACUUGUUCAACAAUAUUAAAAAAUAUUUAUGAGCUUAAUUUUUUAUAAUCUUUUGCAGAUUUUUUUGUUAUAAUUUAAA